AACAAUGAACGAAAGUGACCAGAAGCAGGAAGAUUGAGCGUUAUCCACAGAAAUUCUGCAUGAAACAGCAUUUACCGAAACUUCAAGAUUAUCAACAUUAGAGAAAAGAAAUCAAGAUGAAUUACCAGAAGGUUUACAUGAACCAGAUCCAUUCCAGCUCUCUGCUUUGUCAGCUGUCUGCAAUGUGGAAAAAUCAAUUACUAUGUGACGCUAUCAUCAAGACGGGUCAAAUCAUUACUAAAGCCCACCGAGUUGUGUUGGUGGCAGCUUGUCCCAUGCUUCAGUCAAUGGAAAAUGCAGCGGCAGGUUCACAUCUAGAAGUUCGUCUAGCAGCCGAUAUCAAACAAGAAUCCGUCAACACAUUCCUACAGUAUCUAUAUGAAGGCUUCAUGAUGUUAACAGAAGACAAUGUUCGUGACGUUGAGAAAGUAGCCAGACUUUUACAGGUAGACAGUGUUAUUAAAUGUGUUGCUGACUUUUACAAAUGCAUGCAUGCCAAAACGGGUAUUGCAUUUCCUGGCACUCAAUACAAAUACAACUUUAAUGAUCUGAUAGAAUUCCGUCAUGUUCGUGUCACAGACUUACAGAAAACUGUUCAUGAUGGAGCGGCUAAACGAAUGUCAGAUUUUCCUCGGCCUGGAAGUCCAGGAAGUAAGCGACCAAGGUUAAAUAGAGGGGCAAGUCCCUCGGAUGGUACUGUGAUAGGGUCAGACAAAGCUGAUGAUACAGCAAGCAUGUCCCAUAGUUACAUGGCUGGAGCUCCAGAUCCCUGGGAUAGAGUCCCCAAACUGGGGUCAGGCAUGGGUCGUCAAGGUGCUACUGGGAAGAAUUCCCAGCCCGGUGUGAUAGAAAUUGUGGAAGAAAGUAUUGAACUUGUACAGACAGAGCCUCCAGAAAAAGAUUCUGGACAACCAUCAUCAUCUCGUUCAUCACAGAAGACAUCAUCAUCAAUAUCCAUUGCAAUAGCUAGUCAAUACAACACCGAUCCUGAUCUUAGUAUUGUGACUGUUCCAGAAAAGCCCUCGUCAGCAACACAACCGCCAGGGCCAAUUAGCUCGUCAUCCACACCUCAGCAAGGUUCAAUAACAGUCAGUCCUCUUACAGUAUUCCAGGAUUCUCAACAUGCCCAAUCAUCACCAUCUUCAUCUUCAUCUUCACGAGACUUGCCAGGUCUUGCCUCAUCUUCUACGACAGACAGACAAACAUCAUUUAGACAAGAGCAACCAUUCUCAGGAUUUUCACAAAAACAAGAUUCAGAAAAUGUGUUUUCAUCAUCAAAACAGCACCAGCAGCAGCCUCGUACCUCUGACAGUCAAAUGACUAGUACACCUCAACGAACGCCAUUCCCAGUGUCCAUUACUCCAUCAGCUAGUCAAGGAAAGCCAUUUGCAGCAGGCAGUGCCAUGCAAGCAAUGGUGACCAGUUCUCCUAUUUCCGUUUCUCAAAGUUCACCUGCCCCAAGUAGACCUAGGCCAACACCACAACCUGCAAUGUCCAUGAGUGUACCAGAUUCCAGUUCCUUGUCCAUGGAUGUUGGUCCAGGUGGUGAUGACGGCAAAGGAAAAAGCACAAAAAUUGAAAUUGCUGAUUCCAUGCAAGAAAGUACAGCCGACCUUACUCCUGAUUUAAGUAUAGUGAAGGUAGAGGCAGCGUUAGGUGAUGGAGAAACUGGAGGACUGGAUAUGCAUGUGGAUAUGGCUGAACAAAGUAUAAUGCAAAUGCAAGCUGGUGCAUCGCAUCAGGAAGAAUUUGAAGAACCAAGUGAUGCGGAAAUUGAGGAAUGGGCUCGAGAAGAAAUGUCAAAUGAAGGUGCUAACAUGAGUGGAGAUCCAAAUAGCUCUUGGUACAUGGGAUCUUACAAAGGUGAACUCUUGGUAGAUGACCGAUUUGGCUCCUCUUUUCCGUGUGACAGUUGCAAAAUUGUUUUCUCAUCUGCGGAAGAUUUAAAGACGCAUCAGAAGACUCACAGAAAUGGUCCCGAGGAAUUUACCUGUGAAGUCUGUCAUACUGAGUUUGUUGAUUCUUAUCAACAGAAAUCUCAUAUGAUGCAAAUGCAUGGGCAGGAAUUUAAACAUUUUUGUUUUGAAUGCGGAAGAGGUUUUAGAUCCUACCCAAGUUUCAAUAAUCACAAACGACUGUUUCACAGACCGGACUUGCAGUGUCCAAUUUGUGACAUUUGUAGGAAAAUAUAUCCAUUUCAAAACACUCUGGACAACCAUUACAAGAAACAUUCUGAGGUGCGAUCUUUUAAUUGUAAUCAAUGUGGAAAAUCGUACAAACACAAAAAGACAUUGAAAGAACACCUGUGUACAGAGCCAUUGCUGUUUAUACCAAAAUAAACUGAAGGUACCUGUCUAGAAUUGUAUAAUUCCGGAGUGGCAUCCUCUGUGGAAAUGCAUCACUUGUAAAUUGAAAUUACCAAUUACACAAACUUAAUUGAUUGAUGUGGAAUAGUUUGCUAUUCACAGUUGCUAAAACCGUACAAAUAUAUUUCUUCUGGUCUGGCCUAGUGAGGUAUUCUGACUUAGUUAUGAGACCUAUGAUUUAAAUAAUGGGUGAGAAAGAUUGAAUGGAUUUUUGUAGAGGUCAUUUGUUUGUCGACUGUGGAGAAGGUGAAUAAUUAUGUAGUAAGGCUAUUGGUUGAAAGUUUGAAUGAAACGGUAGAUAUUUUGUUGGUCUGUUCUCUGUGGGUGAAAUGUAAGUGAAUUUGCUGGGAGGUCAUCAGUUGGUUCACUUUGAGAUUAGAUUUAUAACGAGGAAAUUGGCUGGUUUAUGCUAUUGAAUUUGUUUCUGUGGAUUCUUUGAUUUUCUCAUAGUUGGGAACUUUGAAUUUUGACAACAUGCAUGUGACAACUUCAGAUAUGGUAAAUUACAUUCUCUUAAUUAAUGUGUGCUUUACAAAAAUAGUUCAAUAAAAAGGUUGUUACAUUUAAGAAAACUAUAUACAUCAUUCUUCUGACAUUAUUUCUGUAUCCCGGUAACUGAAGGUGUCCUGUUUCUCUGUUUCAUUCAGGUGAACUCUUGGUAGAUGACCGCUUUGGCUCCUCUUUUCCGUGUGAAAUUUGCAAUAUUGUAUACUCCUCUCCCGAAGACUUAAAGACGCAUCAGAAGACUCACAGAAACGGUCCCGAGGAAUUUACCUGUGAAGUCUGUCAUAUUGAAUUUGUCGAUUCUUAUCAACAGAAAUCUCAUAUGAUGCAAAUACAUGGGCAGGAAUUUAAACAUUUUUGUUUUGAAUGCGGAAGAGGUUUUAGAUCAUAUCCUUGUUUUAACAAACAUAAGAGACUUUUUCACAGACCUGACUUGCAGUGCCCAGUAUGUGAUAUUUGUAGGAAAAUAUAUCCAUUUCAAAAUACUCUGGACUAUCAUUAUAAGAAACAUUCAGAAGUACGAUCAUUCAGUUGCAAGCAAUGUGGGAAAUCGUACAAGUACAAGAAAUCUUUGAAGGAGCAUACCUGUAUUAAUUAGUCAACGCCCAAACUAGUUAAUGGAGGGGAUUACCAUGGCCAUCUGUCCUGUUGUGUUUCAAUAUCUUGAGAACCUCUUGACAGAUUUACUUGAUAAUCACCAGAUCAGAUGCUGUUUCUGAAAUGUAGCAAUCGCUGUUUCCAAUGUUUGGUGGUGAGAAGUCAUGCUUCUAUUGAUUAUAUAGAAGAGUUACUUGAAAUUGAGAUAUGCAAGAUUUUUUUUUCUCUACGAAAAUAGCUUGGUGUAAAGAAAUGGCUGAUAUGAGAACAAGUGGUGGUAGCAAUAUCCCUUUAUGAAUAACAAGUGGUAUCAGUUUUGUCUCUCUCUUAUAUGGCCUUUGCUAUUCUUUUUGUCUAGGUCAAGGGUCGUUGGUUCAAGAAAGGUUUGAUGCUUCUACAGACUUUUUAGGACGAAUCAGUGGAAAUUCUUUCCCGUGUGAAAUUUGCAAAAUUGUGUACUCAUCUUCAGAAGACUUAAAGACUCACCAGAAAAGUCACAGAAAUGGCCAUGAGGAAUUCAGCUGUGAAGUUUGUUUUUUAGACUUCCAUAGUUCUGACCAACUACAUUGUCACAUGAUUGAUUUGCACAAAAAUCAGUUCAAACACAUGUGUUGUGAUUGUGGACGGGGAUUCAAUUGUUAUACAAGUUUCAACAAUCACAAUCGUCUGUUCCACAGAACAGAUUUGAAGUGUCCUGUGUGUGAUAUUUGUAGAAAAAUAUUCCCAUUUGAGAGUAAUCUUCGCCAACAUAGUAUAAAACAUUCAGGUGUGAGAGAGUUUAGGUGUGGACAGUGUGGUAAAUCCUUCAAAUACAAACAUACACUGAAAGAGCACAUAUGUACUUUGAACAUAGCCAGUUCAAAUAAGGCAGAACUCAAAUUAUACCACACGUAAGAUUUUAACAUUUAUAUGAGAUGUUCAUGAUGAAAUUUCAUACAUGUAUUGUCUGGUUGUUUUAUCAGCAGGGCAUUGGAGUUUUCAAUUAAGGUCAAGCACUGAAAUCAGUGUUGACUGACAUUAUUUAAUUGGUCCAUUUUAAACCAUGUCUGUGAAGGUCAUGUUACCAAAGGUCAUAGAUAAAUGACAUGAGGAUGAGUUAGAAUCACAUGUCUGGUUGAUAAGGAAGAAUUUUUGUGUUGACUUUCGGGUAUGGAUCUGUGCAUUAGAGCAUCAUCUCGUAGUUAAUCCAAUGACAAAAGAUGACUUCCUGUUUAACAUCUCCGUAAAGUCAAGGUAAUACAAUGAUUUGACUCCUGGUUAUAUGAUUAUGUUGUAGUUUGUCUUACUGUUUGAUGUUCUUGUGUGUGUUCACCUGUCUGAAGA